CAACAACCACGGACGGUUUUACAUUUAAUUCAUUUUUUUCUUGUCUAAAAAGAGCUUCUUUUUCUUCACUUAAAUUAUUUCGUUUUUCUGCCUACUCAAGUGCUAGAAUUGAUGAAAUGAAAAUUAAAAGUGAUGAAAAACUAAAAAGUACAAAUGGGAACGAAACAGAUAUUUUUAAUCCUUUUAAGCCAAAGCGAGCAGUUAUUGUCUCAAAAUCUUCCCUCCUUGAAUACGAAUUUGAAAAACUUGGAAAGCCAUUUAAAUCAUUUGAUGAUCAACAAUUAAUCACUCAGAAAUAUUCAAGUGCUGUUGAUCUCAAGCAAAGGCAUGAUCAGCAGCAACAAUAUAUUGCUUCUAUUUCUAAAGAACUUGAGCGUCACAGCAUUGAAUACCGAGUUGUCAAGCGUCGUCAAUAUUCCGAUGAAUUUGUUGAUUGGGGUGAUUUGAUUAUUUCUGCUGGCGGUGAUGGUACUUUUUUGACUGCUGCUAAAAGGGUGAUUAACUCAAACAAGCCUGUUAUUGGUAUAAACACCGAUCCGAUUGGAUCAGAAGGUUUUCUCUGCCUAACUGGCAAAUCUCGACAUCCUGCCGAUGAAGUAAUUCGUCAAUUCCUAGCGGAUGCUGCUCUGCCUGGUUUUCGUUGGCUCUGGCGGCAGAGAAUUCGUGUAACUUUUCUCAAUUUUGGUUUUGAGAACGGCGUUUCUCCUUCUCCCUCAUCUUCUUCUUCAAUUCAACAACAACAAGAAAAUCAAGUAAACGGGGUUGUUAAACCUAGUGUGAAUGAUGAACAUAUUCACACAGCUGAAGAUAUUGCCGAAGAGGAAAAUGCAGAUGAAACAAAUUUGGAGAACUCGCGAAAAACUAUUUUCAGUUCGGACGAUGAGGAUCAAGAAAUAAAUACAACACGUGAUUCAAAUCUUAUUACAAGUCGUUGGUUGGCACUUAAUGAAGUUUUCAUUGGUGAAAGUCAUGCAGCGCGGGUUUCUUAUUAUGAUGUACAAGUUGACAAUGGGCCAAUGACUAAACAAAAAAGUUCAGGAAUGACAAUUUGUACAGGCACUGGAUCAUCAUCUUGGCAUUUUAAUAUAAACAGAAUGACCGAACAAACAAUUGAAGAAGUUUUGUCUGUAAUAGAUAAAAUGGGAUUGAAAUUGGAUCAAGUGGUAGAUGCUGAAAUGAUAGAGAAUAUUUGUCGUAAAUUUAAUGAGAAAUUGAGAUUUGGGCCAGAAUUAACAACAAUGGCAUUUAGUGUUCGCGAUCCUGUUUUUAAUGCAACAUUUCCAAAAAUGGCUAUUCGGGGAUUUGCAAAUAAAAUUUUAAUUAAAUCUCGUUGUAAAAAUGCACAUUUAAUUCUUGACGGGUCUACAUCAAUGCCAUUUAAUAGGGGAGCUGAAGUACUUUUAGAAAUACAUCCUGAAGAUGCGUUGAGGACUGCUGUUUUCAGUAAGGAACAUCGAAGUUAA